GUAGUACUAGAAAGAGAGAGUAAAUAGUUUGAUUGUUGAGAGUGACAGGGACAGAAAAGGUAUUAUGUCUUGAAAAUGAAAGAGAUAUUAUACCGAUUUGGAAUUGAAUUAUAGCAUUUAUUUUUCACCUGGCUCUUUGCAGCCAUUACAGUAAAUUGCAAAUCAAUUUUUAUAGCUAGCAGUUUUUCAAAUGAUGCUCAAAAAUGACUCAAGGUGCAUGACCAAAUAUGGCAUUGGGAGACUAAUCGUUCGUAGGCAUGGGAUGUUUCCAGGAAUUAAGUAGCACGGUGUUUUGUCAGGUUAUGCCGAGUUGUUAUUGUUGCUGUUUUUUGUAAAUAUAACUUACAUGUGAUUUUGUACAGCCAUCGUUUAAAGUACACAGUUGUUAAAGAUGUCUUUCAGAGUGGUGAGGAGUAGUAAGUUCCGUCAUGUGUAUGGGACUCCAUUUAAGCGAGAACAGUGUUAUGAUAACAUAAGAGUCUCAAAAUCAUCAUGGGAUUCUACAUUUUGUGCAGUCAAUCCAAAAUUUCUUGCCAUUAUUGUUGAAUCAGCUGGUGGAGGUGCAUUCGUGGUUUUACCGCUUAGUAAGGUUGGUCGAAUAGCGGCUGAUCACCCCCUCGUAGGAGGCCACAAAGGUCCUGUGCUGGACAUAGCAUGGUGUCCACACAAUGACAAUGUCAUUGCUAGUGGCUCUGAAGACUGCGUGGUGAAAGUAUGGCAGAUUCCAGACAGUGGGAUUAGCAGAACAUUGACAGAGCCAGUUGUUGACCUGCUGUAUCAUCAGCGUAGAGUAGGCCUAGUCCUGUGGCAUCCUACAGCACAGAAUGUUUUGCUUACUGCUGGUUCUGACAACCAGGUUGUGAUAUGGAAUGUUGGCACUGGAGAAGUACUAGUACAUAUUGACAGUCACCCAGAUAUUGUAUACAGUGCCAGUUUUAAUUGGGAUGGUUCCCAGCUUCUCACUACAUGUAAAGAUAAGAAAAUGAGGUUAAUAGAUCCACGUAAAGGAGCGAUACUAGAGGAAGCAAUAUGUCAUGAGGGAAGCAAAGCAACUCGAGCCAUCUUCUUACGAAGUGGGCUUAUUUUUACGACUGGUUUCAGCAAAAUGAGUGAACGCCAGUACUCACUCAGAGCACCUGCCCACCUGAGUGAACCAAUCGUAAUGGUAGAACUGGAUACAAGCAAUGGUGUAAUGUUCCCAUUGUACGAUCCAGAUACAAAUCUUGUAUAUUUGUGUGGAAAGGGUGACAGUGUGAUAAGAUAUUUUGAGAUCACGGCAGAGGCACCGUAUGUCCACUACAUUAACACUUUCCAAACGCCAGAUCCUCAACGAGGCAUUGGAAUGAUGCCAAAACGGGGCUGUGAUGUUAACUCUUGUGAGAUUGCAAGAUUUUACCGCCUGAAUAAUUCAGGAUUGUGCCAAGUCAUAACUAUGACAGUCCCCAGGAAGUCUGAACUUUUUCAAGAAGAUCUUUAUCCAGACACACUUUCUGAUGAGCCAGCGCUUUCUGCUGAAGAUUGGUUCUCGGGAACUGAUGCUGAACCUAUUCUAAUAUCUCUCCGGGGAGGUUAUGUCCCAAGCACACAAAAAAAUGACUUGAAAGUACACAAACGAAAUGUUUUGGACAAAAUGCCACCGAAAGGAGGUUCUCGAUCAUCUUUAAGUUCUGCUGGCUCUACUGUUGAUAGUGACAAAAGUGGUGGUGGUGGGGGCGGUGGCGAUGGUGGCUUCGCUGUUUCGAAUAAAGUAAUUGAAGAAUUUUACGAGGAGAUAAGGAAAUUGAAAGCUGUAAUUGUAAAACAUGAGACACGCAUCCGUGCCUUGGAAGCUCGAGUCACUUCAACCAAUGAAGAUGAUCGAAAGGUAGGAGAAAGGCAUUCAGAAUCUGCCCCCUCCCCUCAGUGGCAAGAGUCUGAACACGUCAAUAACACCCCUCAUUUGUCAAAUGUGUCAGCAUCUUCCCAAGAACUAGCUCCAGAUGAAGUGUAACGAAAUCCACCUCACUAUUCUGGAAAUUCUGUUGUAUAUUUUGCUAUUCGAGAGCUUAAAUAUAUUUUAUAUUGUAGGAUAAAUUUUUUAUCUUAGGUAUUUUACUGAAUUUAUUGUUGUCUUUGAUUUAAUAAUUUUUUUUUUAAAUAUUUAGAUAACAUUUUAUGAAAUUUACUAAGGAUAAUUUUAAUUACCUUGUUUUGUUACAAACUUACAAAAGUGUUCUAAUUUUUAUGCUCCCAGUUUGUGUGUAUAUUAAUGUUAUGAAGCAAGUACAUGAAUUACCAAAUUGCUUCGUGUUUUAUGUUGUUAAAAGUUAGUAUUUAUUUAUCUAGUGCUGCUUUGCAUGCAGGCGAAAAGUAACUUUAGUGUAAUGAUUUUUUAUGAUUUUUAUUGAAGUUUGUUUUAUGUACCUUCAAUAAUUUAAAUUUAUAUGUUGCAUUGUUUAUAUUUAAAAUGUUUUGUUGAUAACAGUACAAGAGUAUUUGAAUGUGCAUCUGUGUGUUUUCUGGCAUAUAUUUUUGUAUUUGAGCUACAUUGUGCAUCAUUGUAGGUUUUUAUUUAUAUAUAUAACUAAGUUGAACACAACAAACAUCAAUCAAGAUCUCUGGUAUGUGAUAACAGUAACCAAAUAUGUUUCUGGGAUUGUUUAAAGGUACUUGGUGAAUUGUAAAUUGUAAAUAUUUACAUCAUUCUAAAAAUGUUUUAUGUACAUUAUGAAUGGAUGUCUCCAUAACCCACUUGGUGAUUGUCGGUUAUCUUGAUACGUAAGAAGUUCAAACUACUUUAAUGCUAAUAUGUCCUCAUUCUUGGCUGUGACUUAUUGCACUCAUAAGUUAUAACCCCAAAGCUGUUAAUGUUAAUUAUUCAACCUAUGUAAAAGCCAGUUAAGUGCCUGUUAUUAGUGAUUAGAGGACAAAAUAUGUCUGUUAUGAAGUUGCAUGAGCAACUUGUCAAAACAUUUGGAUUCCAAUAAAUAAAAGAAAUUAACUUGAGGGGGGACAAUAAUUAUAAUUACAUUUUUGGUUCAAAUUUACUUAUUGUUUAUGUGUUACUCUAAACAUACAGAUAAAGUCUGUAUCCCACAGCUUAAAAAGUUACAAAUUUUAAACAUGUAUAAGUAAUUAAGAAAGUUAAGAGAAUAUGAAUGGGCUUAGUAUAGGUAAGGCAGUUAAUUUAUUCUUGGUUAUAUAAGAGUACAAACUGCUCUUUCUUUGUAAAACUAUAAAAAAAUUCUGCAAAAUGGUUUUUCAUGGACUAUUUUUGCAGAUGUUUCAUUAUCUGUCACAAAAAAUUUAGGUCAAAAAGUGCUAUUAAAGUGCUAUUAAAUAGUAUUGGUUGGGUUCUUAAUUAUUUUUACAGUGAUUUUAUUAUUUAAUUAGAGACAAUAAAUGGUUAUCUUUAUUUUGGCUGUUCACUCUAGUUUUUUAAUGUACCUAUUUUUCAAAGGGAAAAAAUAUUUCAAUUUGGGUUUUUAUGUUGCUUGAAAUCAAAAAUAGAAAGUUUAGACUACACUAGGUUAUUCUGCAAUAUCAGAAUUCCAUGAACACACAAAUUUAUAGAAAACAAUUUUGUGAAAGUUAUGUUUUUAACAUUAAAACAAUUUUAAUCCAGAGGUUAGGUCUUGGCUGUCUGAAAAUACCAGCAGUUUACAUAAUAUUUUGCAAAAUAAUCACUAUAGGACAAACUUAGGGGUUAUAAGUUGUAUAAAAUUGUUAAUUAACCAAGCAAUCAUAAAAUACUGUUAAUUGCAAUAAAAUGUAUUCAUACUAGUUUUAAUAAUUUAUAUAAUAUAUAAUUCUUAUAUAAACCUAUAGUUUUAAUUUUUAAUUUUAGCUGUGUACAAGUGCGUAAGUUGUUUGAAUCAUUCUUUUAAAUGUUGAAGAUUCUGUAAUUUUUUCUAGUCUGUUACAUUUGUAAUAAUUAUUUAAUUUUAAUGUCAAAAUAAUUUUAUAUUUCACAAGCUACAAAGCUCAAACAAAUUAAUUGAUAUAACUUGAAAAAGACACAGAUUAUAUGAGUACUAGACCAAAGAAAAAUUCAUACUGCUGUCUUAUUCUAUAGAGUUUAAAUUAAAUGUAAUUUAUUCACUAAUGUGCUGAUUGUCCAAUUUCACUCACAGUUCAUAAAUUAAAUUUUAACAUUUGUUGCCAUAAGGGGCAUUAAUUUAACAAUAUUGCUCUUCUCAAAUAUGGUAAUGUGAUGUACACAGUUAUGUAAUAAGUUAAUCAUUAUUUCAGUACUUUAUUAAUUAAAUUUUUUUUUAGUUUAACAUUGUUCUGGUUACUUUUCAAAGUUUUAACUGUCAAAAUGAUUAGAAGAAAACCAUAACCACAACAUAUUAGCAGGUUCAUCCCUACUAUAUGCAUUACAGAGUCUCAAAAAUCUAAACGAUAAAACAUUUAACCAACAUUAUGCAAUACAUAUAACAACAGUUACUCUACUUCUUUUUCUGUUGGUUAAAAUUUUAUCAUCCGAAACUUUCCUUGACACUAAGUGAAAUUAAAUCAUUUACUCUAUUAUACAGGAACCAAGAAACAAGGAAAAUAUUAGUCAAUAAAUUUAAAAACAUCAGUUUCUAAUGUAUAAACAGGACCUAAAAUUGGAUAAAAAGUCUUUUAAUGUUAAUAUAUAAUGUUGUAGGAACUGGUGAUUUGUCUUUACAUAUGCAUUAAUUGCACUGAUAAAGCUUAAUGUGGGAGGGAAGUUAUAUUUUAAUCCAUAGAUGUGAGUGGUGGGUAACGCGGUUUUAAAAUUCUCGGUAUGUUUUCUUUGCUUGUGUGGCAACACACAUUCAGAGUUUCAAGGUUUCAACCUUUGCCAGUUGCAUUAGGGUGUAAUAUUAUAGUCAGGUGGUUUUCAUAUCCAUUUUAGAAACCUGCUGGAGCAGUUAUAUUUAAGUUUUUUUCCCCUGGACCAGUUUGUUCUUUGAAAUUUUGUUGCUAUAGGGAUGAGAGAUUAGGUGAAAACUUUUGGACAUGUCAUUGCAGAGCAGUUGACCAUUGUAGAAAACCAAGACUGAUCUAUAAAAAUUGUAAAUAUUUACAAAAAACAGAAAACUAGCCAAGGUUAACUUUUAUCAGAAUGAAAUUAGUAAACGUAUGUAGAAUUCUGAAAAUGGAAUUGAGUCAGUAAAACCUAAAAUAAUACGAAAAGAUCUGAACCUAUGAUGAAAUUGGCAAACCAACAACAACAAAAUUUCUGACAGCAGUAUGACUCAACAAUGACAGCACAGAUGAAUACAGUAGUUAAAAAUUUACUAUGACAAAUCAGGACAAUGAAGACAGCACAGGUGAAUGUAGUAAGGCUACAUUCAACAAAACACACACAUAGCAAACUUCAUGUGCCAAUCUAUUUAUUCAUAACUAGACAUAUAUCUUACAUCAGCUAUGCUACACAGUGUCACAUAUUCUAUUAUUUGUUUGCCUCUCCAGUCCUUUCUUUAAAAUUCCAUUUGGAAACCUUACCUCCAACUAGACCAGGGGACCACCAACACUCUGGAUUUUGUUACAUGCCAAUGCGGUAUCUGUGAACAGCUGGCAUCAACAAAUCUUCAAUGAAAAUAAUUUACUGCUGUUACAUAGACCUAAAACAUUAAAUAUAACUCAUAAUACAGUAGCACAACCUGUUAGCCAAAAUUCUAAGUUUCAAAAAGCUGAAAACAACUUAAAUGAUUUUAAUUGAAAGAUUAGAUUAUUCAGUAUUUAUAUUUUAAAACCCAUAAGUAAUCCAUAUGUUAAAAACAGCAGCAUAUUUAUUGAAUAUCAUAAAACCAAAAGUAUUGAAAUCAACAUUCUGUACUUCUAAACUGUGGGAGACAUCCCUAAUCAAACUUUAAACUUAUGGUUGUGUAUAUUAAUAUUGUAAACAUUUACCCAAAAUGUGCCAAAAAACUUGCAUAGCGAAAUGAGUUGUGGCCAUUCCUUUCUCCAAUUUAUUUUGAUUUGAGUGCAAACACUAAACUGCCACUAAAUACACAUUUUGGUUUAGGUAAAAUUAUUAAUUCAUUCUUUAACAACAGUGCAGAGCAAACUCUGCGCACUUAAACUGGGUUUAUUACCCAGCAAAAUUAUGUAUAUGAAUAUAUGAAUUAAUGUGACGAAUAAAUUUAAGUGUUAAGAUAAAUGUUAAGACUUAUUACGUUAAAUUUACAAGCAGUUGCACAACAAUUUAGAGUUAUUCCGAGUAUUUCUUCUAAUGCAAAAUGUUUCUAAAUCAUUAUUAAUUAACAAAAGUUUUCCGUGGAUAUGAAUAUCAUUGUAGUGUACAUCAGACUCAAGAUCUCUCUGAUAGUUGUGGAGAACAUAGUUAAACACAAAAUUCUGUAAUUAUAUAUGUGGUAUGUCUAAUACAACUUGGCAGCAAAUCUUUGGAACUCCAAUAUUAUAUCACCGGGGCAGGUGGAAAUAAAUAGUGUUAGGCUUGUAAAGGUGUUUCCUUUACUAUAUUUAUAAUACCUUGUCUAUAAUUUUCAAAGUAAAAAUUCAGCAGUCGAAAUGAAACUGUGUAUUAUUGAUGUGUAACAUCUUAGCUCUCUGUAUAUAGCGUUUUGGUGGGAGUAAUUUCUUUAGUGCAACGGAAAUAUGAAACAGGAAGAAGGGAGAAGCACGCGCCAUUAAAUUGUUCGGUGCGGCCUACAGUUGGUGCCUGUGCUGCAGCAUGUCAGCGAGUGCAAACACUUCUGUGGCGCUUGAACAGAGAAGACAUAGCUGUUUACCAUUCGUUCCGCUAACAGUAGUUUUGAACAGCGUGACAAAAUGCAAUGUGAAUUUUCUGAUACAAUAUGUUGUGAAAUAAAAAUGUAUAAUAUAUAAUAUAAAUUCAAUAAUUUUAUAAGUGUGGUUUUAAAAUGCAUGUUUAUGGUAAUACAUAGUUUGUGAUACGAAUUCAUUCCUGGAAGUUAUUUAUAAGUGAGUAUCAAUAAGAUCUAUAAAUGAUAUGUCAUUUUAAAAUUUUAGUUUCAUUCUUUUUAAUGCUGUAUCAGUUAAUCCUUUUUAAAUUGGUAUAUAAGAAAUUAACAAAUUAAUUAUAUUACAAAUAAUUGCCUUAAUAAUAUAUUCCUGAAUUGAUAAGAUUUUUAAAAUUUUUUAAUUUACAGGGAUGGGUAAACCAAGAGCAAAGUACUUGCAAGAAUACAGGCAGCGUAAGCAUGAGGAAAAAUUUCAAACUGGAGGAGUAGGGCUAAAAAAUGUUUUUUGUUAAUGUACUCGCUCACUUUGUUUUUAUUAUUUAUAACGUAAACCAAACCAGCAAAAGACUUGACUUAGCCACAUUUUUUAAUGUUACAAUUUUUAUAUUGCUAUGAACCUCAACUCAACAUUUAGUGAUAACUGCUACACCUACUAUACUCUCCACGUUUCAAACAUAGUGUACGUUGUUUGGCUUUGAUGGGAGGUGAUGAAGUGAGUGACUUGAGCAGUACACAUUCGUGGCCCCUUGGUUAUUUAACCCAAUAUUAUUAUCAAUUUUCUCAUUUAAAUACAUAACACACACGUGUUCAAGUAUGUUCAUGUAUGUUAUGUUGUAUUUAUUUUUUCCACUCCAUUUUUAUGAUAGUUCAAAAUUUGUUAUUCUAGCUGCUCUCAAUAUGAUAAAGCCUCCUUGGAUCAAAUAUCCAGGCAGCCUCCAGAAUCCCGCAAGAAAGUGUAGGGCGAAACACACAUCAAACUAACAGGCUCAGUUCUAUUACUGAGAGAGCAAGUAAAUGUGGGUGUGUGUAUUCUGAAAACAUAACCCUACAUUAAGUUAGUCAAUAAUCAAUAUAAGAACCAAGUAUAUCUAAUAUAUCAAAUAGAUGUAGAUUAUAACAAACAUAAUUCAACAAAAUUUACCAUAAUCAAACUGUUAACAAUUUGAAAACUGACAGCCUAAUUACACGAGUAAUUAAGUGCAAAUUGAAUUUGCUGAUCACAGACAUUUAAGUACAUAAAUAUUGCUUAUAUGCCCCACGGUAAUUGAUUCGUCAAGGUUGAUGCAAGCAUGUAAGAGAACAAGCAUUAAUGUUUUCAAAAGUACAAUAAAUGCUCACUUUCCUUAAUCACAGGAAAUCACGGAGCGUAAAAUAUUAAGCAUUAAACUCCGGCAAACUCUCCGUGCAUUACCAAGCAUAAGCACUCCUAUUGGCUGACGCGGCUCGUGUGAACGAGUGAAAAUGCCUCAACAUUAACGGAACGGAGUACACAGCCACAAGCAAAUUAAGGGGACACCACACUAAAUGCCAAACUAAUUCUUUCAUCAGUCAAACUAAACUAGAUAUCAAAGAUAUUUCAAACAAAUAACAAUGACAUACCAAAUGCAAAACUCACCUGAGAUACUAACGCCAAACAUGGUUCUAAAUCAAAUGCAAUAACUUACUCAUCGUCAAUCUACUGUUGACACAGAAUUGAAGCCACAUCAAGCACUAAAUGGUGGCAAUUAGAAAAAUGUAUCAGCAAUUGAAAAAUUCAUGGCAAUGUUACAAACAAGAAAAGCAAUAAUUAUAUUGAAGCUUUCUUUAAACAAGUUAUCCAAAGUGACACAACUAAUGACACAACCAUGUUUGCACGCCCGUUCAUGUCACCUGCCCUAAAGACCCAGUCUUUAUCUAACAAAAAAUUAUCAUAUGCAAUAGCUAAAAUUCAGCGGGAGAAUUAACGUCGGGGUAGCACAAAUGUCAUGGGGUCAAGCCUGUAUAUACUAUCGGCCUGCCUUCUUGCGCAGGUGUGACUGCGCAAGAGGGGAGGUUAUGCCAAAAAGCAACUGUGGAGAAGGGAUAGAGGAGGGAAAGGUUCCUGUACCCACAAAUUCAAACUAUUGAAGUUGUAAUAAUUUCAAUGAUUUUAAUUAAAUUCUAUAAAACAUAUUUUAAUGAUAUCUGCUGUGUCAGUCACACCCUAAUUGUUCUCUUUGUUAUAAUAUUAUUUUGAUCACAAUAUUAAACGUUGGUAACCUCACAUACAACGUAUUCAUUUCUUAAUGGUAUCUGUGCAAAACCUUGUAUCACUAGUAAUAAUGCUUUGCACAAGUAUUCCCACAAGUUUCCAUUUGCAGCACAAGAAUGGCUACAGGAUAAGCUUGCAUUAUGUAUAUGCUUUAAGUAGAUCUUGUUUAAAGCCAGCUUAAUGUAUUCUACUUUUAUCAAUCUAUUAAGAAUCUUAAAAUAUAAUAUUUAUACUGUUCAAAACUACUUUCAAAAAUUUACUAAAUGUUUCUAUGCUGCUCCAUUAUUUCCUUUAAAUGUUUUAGCUGUGAAAUGUUUAAAAAUGCUUUUCCUUGCUAUCAAACUCCAAAUAUAUUCCACGUAUAUCAUAUAUAAUUUUUUUAUGAUGCCUCAACUAUUUAGAAUAAGGUAGUUUCACGUUAAUUUAGAAAAAUGUUCAUUUUUAAUGCCCAUUUGUACCUUUCCAGAUUUUUUUUUGUAUUGUAAAGUAUUGUAUCAAAUAGAAUUAGUCAAUCUUUUUUUUUUGCCAUGUCACUCAUGGCAUAAAUUUUUUCUGUUUACACCUUAGGACUAUGUUUUAAUUUGUUCGGAUCAAGUUCUGAUUAAAUAACGUCAUGGUUCGUAACAUUUUUCCGUAUGUAAAAUUUUUUUUUUACCAAAAAUUAUCUUAAGCACAAGAAUAAUUCAAAUUACUGGGCUAAUAAAAACAUGUUAAAAACAAAUAUGGUAAUCAUUCUAGACAGAUUUGAGGUUAUGUUAUGGAAGGCAAAUGUUUUAUUACAAUAUUCCUGAAAAUAAAUUUGCAGGUUCUUGGCUGAUUUGCGGUUGUGUUACUACUUCAAAUAUAUUUUUUUUAUCAUUACUAAAAACUAAAAUUAAUUUAACUUUCCAAUGUACUACAGAAAUAUGUAUAAUAUAACUGAUACAUUCCGUGGACAUGCACAGGCUGUACAGUUAUAUUUUUAAAGAAUGUGAAUAUUUAGAGCUUAUGAAUUUUUCAUAGUGGUUUACCUACCAAACAUGUAUUCUGUUGUGAAUAUAAUAUUAAAAUAUAGAACAUAUUCUAUAUUUAAUCAAGAGCAAAAUUUAACGUGCGGUAUGGAACAUUUGGUAUACGAGCGUAACAUCAUGCAAAAAAUGAGGCACUCUGUGCUUUGGCAUUUAGCAUUAUUUAUUGUUUGCUACAUUUAGCAUGGAACAAUUUACUUUGUGGAAAAUAUUUGAAACUCUUCCUUGCUUUUAAUGUUGAAUAUAAACUGUUGUUUAAACAUGUGGUUUGUGUACUAAAUUUGAAGUCCGGUAAUAAUUAACAUGUAGAAUGCAGGUGUUCAAGAAGUAAGACAAGUAAAUCCCAGUGUUAGCACAUAACUCACCUUCUCUCAGCUUGUAAUACUUUAUCCACUUGUUGAUUUUUAACUAUGUAUGUAGGAGGAAAAACAUGGGUUCAUAAAACUUUAUUGUAACACAUUAAAAUGUGUCCAUUCAGCAAGUGAAUGGAAUGCCCUAGCAUACAUUGGUUUUUUCUAUAUAACUGGUAAAGCAGUGGUUACAAAAUUUUUGUAGUGUUAUUUGUAUGUGUAUAUGUGUAUGUAUGUGUGUAUAUAUACAUACACACACGUGUGUAUAUAUACACACACACACACACACACACACACACACACAUGUGUGUAUUUUUAUCUUUUUUCCUCAGUAAUAGGUUGAAAUAAUUUUUAUCGACCACUUCAUUAUUUAAUUAUGUAAAAUAUUGAAAAUUAUUAUGGUCUUGAUGUUUGUUGAUAGUUUGACUUGCCCAUUGGAAAAAGCUUGUUCUCUUAAUCACUUGAAACUGUGUUUCUAUAUUCAGAUGUUUUAUUUGGAAUAUAUUCAAUGCAAUAGAGCGAUGAGUAAGAAUGAAAUCAAAAUGCUUCAUAAUAAACUUUCAAGUAAGUGAUCAGGAAAGUUGUAUUAGAUGCCAAAAGUUUUACAUAUAGUAUGUUUUUUGUUAAUGAAUCAGUUUUAAUUAGGAGUGAAAAAUGAUGGUAGUUUAUUUAAAUUAUUUAUUUUUGAUAAAGAUAAAAACCAGUAUACACAAUAUUUUAAUUGCAGGUAGGUAAUAUUAUUCAAAUUACCAAAAUGUUUAUGUUGGUAGAGCCAUUCUAAUUUCAUAAUUUAUAAAUCAGUGAACACUGGAGAAUGUUUUUCAGUUAUAUUCCUUUUGCCCCUUUAUUUUAUGACCUUGUGUUCUAGCUGUUGUUUUAGGCCAUUAGUAGUAAAAUUAGCUAUGCUUUUUCUCGGGGUUCUUUUUGUUAUACAUAUAUGUAAUAAUAUAUUUACAAUAUAUUUAAUAUUUAUUGGGCUGUGGCAUAUUUCUUUCUAUUGGAAACAAGCAGUUACUUUACUAGUUUAGUGAAACAACUGCUAGCAGUCACAUAACAGAUUCAUACUAGAAGUCUGUUUUCUUUUAUUUUGCUAUAGUAAAAUACAAUUUUAACCAGUUGUAGCAAUGGAAUUUUUAAAAUCAAAUCUUUAAAUAAGAUCCUCUAUUAGUUUACUUCUCAAAUAAACAAUGAAUGAUCAUCUGACAACACCAAAGUUUCCCUACAUUCAUAAGAAAUGGAAACUGGCAAAUCUCACUUGUAAUGCACUCAUCGUGAAAGCAUCUUCAAAAUCAUAAAAGACUGUAUUUUUUUGCUAACAUUGUGGUAAACAGGUUACUACGAUGUCUACAGGCAACGAAAGUCACGAAAAGUAAGGAAACUGGAGGACUGGUCAGGGAAGUCUUUUAAUUAACAGUAACAGCACUGGAAGUCUUUUAACUCUAUUUACAGUAGCCUUUCGAUAGCCUGAAUUUGGUUUUCUGACACCUCACUUCAGUUUAUAGUUGCACAUAAAAUGUAAAUAGUUGGAGACUUUCCAAUUAAAUCAAAUGGAAAUCACUCUGAAAAGGUUUUAACUUUCUAGCAUUAAAAUUAUCAUGUUUCUGUGAAUAAUACAUCUGUUUUUUUUUGUUUAGUUUGGCUUAUUAUGUAUAAAAAUGACCCUGUUAUACAAAAAUGUUGUCAAGAAUUUUUAUUUAAAAGUCCUGAAAAAGCCCUGAGAUUGGUUCACCAGGUAUUUGUAUCUUAUAGACAGCGUAAUUACACUAAUCCGUGUAACAUUUUCCACAAUGGUGGUUUAAGAUUAUUGGAAAGCAUAUUGGAUCAAAGUGUUCAACUUUAUUUUGAAAUUGUUAUGCCAGAAAGUACAUCAAGCACAUUUUUAUUUAUAUGUAACCAUGUUAUGAAAGUAACAAAUCAGAUUACAAGUAAAGAUGAUUGCAAGCUUUUGAAGCCUUUUUUUUAAGGGCUUUCUUCUCUUAUUGUGUUGAAGCUGCACAAUGGUGUUGAAGUUAACUUCAACACAAUGAUGCUACGUCAUCCUGAAAGCCAAGGUAGCCGAUGAUAAUAGUUUAGUUAAAUAUGUUAAUUGGUAUUUUAUUAAAAUUCUACUUGAGUUUGUGUUGAGUUAUGUAGGACUUAUCUUGACUGUGUAACAUUAACUAACAUUUAGUUAAUGUGAUUGUUAAAAUGUUGAUCAAUGGUGCAGUCUGUCUGCUAAGUGUGACCAGGUAGUUGUAAGAUAUUGAUAAAAGUAUAAAUAAUAUACGGGACAUCUCUUAAGUAUUUUGAAUUAUUUAUAUUUUGGUUUCACAUUUUUGUCUGUGUGAUUGAUUAUCUAUGAAUUUCUGUUUAAAAAUAGAAAUGUUUUCUGAUGGCCUGUAAUUUUUCACUAUACCUACUGUUUUGAUAUGGCUAGUGGAGUGAGGAACCAGAAAUAUACUGUUCGAGAGAAGUUGGAAAUGUCUAAUUUGUUUUAUAAAUAAUUUUGAAGCAAGCAAGUUCAGUGUCUACCUCUUCUUAAUGAGCUCUGUCACAUAGUAAUGGCAGAGUUAAGCUACAGAAAAGUAUUUAUGAGAAAUUUCUCAAUAUUGCUGUAGGCUCUUUUAAUGAAAUGUCAAUAUUGUUUUACUUUCAUAUAAAUAUGACUAUUUUGACAACCACUUAAAAAUAUUUCAAGAAAAGUCAUGAGAGGAUGCUUGCUUUUCAAUUUUUUUUUCAUAAUGAAACUAUGUGUAGCUUUAAUAAAUUCACUGUUCUUUAGAUCUUCACAUACAUAAAAAUUUUAUUUAUCAGUACAACUUUCAUGAAGUGUGUGUUUCAGAGAAAUAGUUUUAUUUUACUGUGCAAUUGUGUGGACUGGUGGAUUUAUAUCCUAACAUUAAAAUUUUUAUGCAGUAUUUGAAGUUUUAUGGCCUUAAAUAUUAUUUAAAAUAAAACUCAAACAAUGAAAAUAAUUUACUUAUCAUUUUUAGUCUUGUGUUUAAAGUCUGUGGGCUUUAUACAGUGAUUACAUCAAAGCUUAUUUAAUGUUUUGUACUAAUGUGAAACCAUCUUAUUAGACAGGCUUUUUUUUAAUGGGCCAUUCUAGUGCAAUUCCACAUUUGGACAUCCUAAGUCAUCAAGCAAUACACACCAUGAACAUUUAAUUAUUAAUAUUUAACAUUCAAAAUAAUAUAUUUUUGAGCAUUGUAUCACAUUAACACAACUGUAAAAUCAUUUUGGUAGGUAUUAGUGUGAUAGAAGGUCUUUUUUCAUGUGUACGUCUCAUUCCAGUUUCAUCUGAUCAUAUUUUCUUUCUAUUGAGUAAAUGUGCAUCCUGUCAUGUAAUAAUUUCCUGUAUUUUACUUAUUUUCCUGAACACUCAAUAAAUUAUUUAUGCAAAUUAACUUUUUUAUCUGCACAGGGUUAAGUGGUUAACUUCAAACUAAUUGAAUGCAGGUUCAAGAGCUAUCCAGCCUGCAUUCUAUUAUUACUUAAACUUGUUGGGGAUUGGCAAAGUUAUUAUUUCAUAGGUGCUACUUUUAACCAAAAUUCACUUUUUCAAAAAACUCUAAAAUUUCCUAUGUCAUAAUUAUAUAGCUAGAUAAAUUUUUUUGGAAAUUGAAUUCACCAGUUAUUGUAAAAAUUCAAUGCUAUACAGUAAGGCAGUAAACAACUUUUUAUGUAAUUAGUGUUAUGCAAAUUAUUUGAAGAAAAUAAUUCAGAGCUUAAGACAGUUACUAUGUGUCAAAGAGUUUUCCUAAAAUUCAAUAAAUUCAUCAAAAAAAUCACAUAACUCUUAAAUACUUUAUAUACAAAUGGACUACUGGCAAGCACGAAGAAAUUUAAUCAAAAUUUAAUUUUAAGAUCUAACGAGAAAAACAUAUUUUCAGCAAGUAUUGCAGCUUUAUAAAAUAUUCAUUAAAAUGCAUAAUAAUUUUUUUAUAUAGCAUACUUUUUCAGUUUUUUCCAGAUACCGUGGUUUAGGCUUUGGGGUCGUCCAUUAAUCACGUGAUGUUUUUUUAGCAAAUUUUUAACCCCCCCUCCCCCCUAGUGAUUUGUGGUGAGGUUUCAGACUACCCCCCCCCCCCCCUCCAAUAAAUCACGUGUAUUUUUUUGGUACAAAAUAUUUUUAAAAAUUUCAGAAUGUUAUCUUUAAAUAUAGGUAUAAUCUAAUUUAAUUCUGGAAAAUUAAGCACAGUGAUAAAAAUGUCCAGACACACAUUAAGGUUGCAGGUUUAUUCUCACUGGCAUAAAAAUAAUAAAGGAAAAGCUUAUAUGUGAUUUACGCAUGUAUUCGGCGCCAAAAUCACAGUAUUACUGGAGACUGGCAAGCCGAGCCGGGUGGUUCAUGUUGCGGCGGGCGGGGAUAUUGUUGCCUGGCUACGGCGAGUCAAGGUCACGCGUCCCUUUUCGGUUUGGUAGAAAUUGCGCGAAAAAAUAAAUACACGUGAUAUCUCUCUACACCCCCCCUCCCCCCUUGUGAUAUUUUGUGAUUUUUCCCGACAAACCCCCCCCCCCCCCCCCCCCCCCUUACGAACCUCAUGUGAUUAAUGGACGAUCCCUUUACAGAAAUGCUAGAGUUUGUCAAUUAAUGUUACCCAAAAUAAUCUGUUAAUGUAAAGUUCUAAGACUACCAAGUAUAAUAGAAACCACUUGAGUAUAGAUUAAUAAAAUUUUUAAUUUAUUUUGUGUUGACUUUUUAAAUUAUUCUUAUAGAGAACUAAAGGAAUUUUUUCACUGUGUACUUAUUGUGCAAUAAAUAAUAUAUAUAUUUUGUAAUGUAGGCUAUGUAAUUUAGGGUCUUAAUAAAUUGCCACCAUAUACUAAUCAGGUUUGACCAUAAUGAAAAUAUUUUUACUAGAAUUUGUUAAACUCGUAUAAUAUGUAUCUUUGAUUGAACAUUUUUUUAUUUAUAACAAAAUACUGAUUGCAUUAACAUUUCUGUUCACAAGAAAGUGAGCUAAAAAGUAGGGGGUUGUUAUAAUGUCCCUGCUGUGCUUGUCAUGGUGCAUUAUAUGUUCAAGUCUUGUAAGUGUUAAAUGCUUUGACGUAACUAUCCAAAGAUCACAAACUAAUAAAUAACAUUAUUAAAAAUGAACCCUAAGUGUAAAUUAAAAUAAAUAUGCAGCAUGUUAAUGAGAUUAAAAAAAAUCAAGAAAUUAGUUCAACUGUGCCAAAAAUUGUUGGAUAUUGUUCUUUUAAUGGGGAACAUGCAUAUUGGGUAUUCCAUUGAAACACAAUCAGUGUUUACAAUUACAAACAAGUUCGUGCUUAAGAGACCUAAAACAUGGCAUAUGAACAGAAAAAUAUGUUAAAAAAUUUAUAAAUAUCAGGGUAUUUGACUAUACCGUAAAAGCUAUGUGAAAGGCUUAAUGUGUCUGGACAAUAUCAAGACCAUAUUCUGUACAUUGUUUGCCCAAAUUUUAUUUUGUGUAACAGGUAUUACAGGCAUGAGUCAACUUGCAGAAAUAGAUUGUUUCAACGAUUUAAGAGUCUAUUAUGUGAAAUGAUUGCAGUUGUGGUGAAUUUGAGCUAGAUACUUUUGUGUGUGUUAUAACCUUUUAACUUAAAGAAUUUAAUUUAAUUUUUUUUUAUUAAGACUUCUUUAAUAUUGCAUUUUCAUUAGUUAAAUUAUGUUUUAACAGAAGUUAUUAUUAAAUGUCUCGCAUGAUGUAGAAUUUUCAACAAGAGGUUUUAAAUAUCAGCAUGAUUCAAUAAUGGCUGUGUGGCUGUACAUAAUUUACCGUAAAUAUAUUAUUUGUUUCGAUUCAUGCAUGUAUUAUAAAAAUAUUUUUUUGUAUGGUUGUGUUAUAGUUUACGAAAAAAAAGUCAAUGUUUUGUCAGUUUGUUGAUCUGACUUUACUACCUAACUUUAGAGGUCAAGCUGGACACAUUUGAAGUAGGCCUAAGUUGCCAGAUCAAGUCCAUAAGGACAGAUUAACUGGACACAAGUAUUCAAAAAUAUAGGUAGUUUUUUAUUUAUUGCAAUCAGGCCUACAUGUUCUGCAUAAAAUGUUAACUUUUCAACUAGAAAAAAGUAUCUCGAACCACCCUACUACUUUUAGUGACUGCACUUAUUUUCAUAGUGUAAGCCUUUUUGUAUUGUUACAUAUGGGAAAAACAGGUAUGGAAGGAAUGCCCAUUUAAUUAAAUAAAGUUUUAUUUAUAAGCUAAUAUUUACACUAUUAAUUAAAUUACAAUGAUUUAAGUGUCUGUCUACAAAUUAAUCACCCUUCCGUAAAUUCACUAUAUACUCUCCCCACUAUUUACUCGUCUCGACAGUGGCUCUCUCUACUGCUCAUCUCUUACCGCGCAUCUCGGACCCAACACACUAAUUUGCAUUACUCGCAUGUUUGCUGCACACUCAAUUCCGUCCCGGGUGCUUCGGUUGCCGAUAAUCCGAUCUUCGCGCAAGAAGCCCGUCGCUUGUCGUCCGUUCAUCGCUCUCCAAGGGGUCAUGUUCCCUCUGCACUUCACUCACUCUCACCAGUCUCGUACUCACUCAGUGUCGCCACCAGCCUCUUUCACUCUCUCCUGCAGGUGAUCAGCAUUUUCUUAAAUACCUGAGAAGUUCCACCCUGGAAAAGAUUCGUAGCCCUCCAAAGUGUCGCAUUGUCAGAAUCCCUGAAACACUUGAAUCUGUGAGAACAAUGCCAUCCUAGUUAUGCCACUUCACGCAGACGGAGCUCUGGGAAAGUGCCGAACUCUUGAGAGGUAGUAAGCCGUGCCUAAUCAGAUUACCAUAUAGCAGAGUGACGAGCAUUACUUGUGUCCGGGAGAUGGGGCCACCCUGAGCCAGCGUGCCGGGCUGACUUUCGCUAGCUGCAUUGUAGCAGUUUGUAAAUGAAAACCAACUGCAUAAAAAUGCUUAUAUUAAAAUAAUUUAUGAUAGUAAUGUUAUGAUAAUGGUUAAAAGUCACUGCGUGACUGUGUACCCACUGAUUUGUAAUUUUUUUUAGUUCCUUUCAGAAACAAAUAACUUAAAAUGGCUAAGCAUGAAUUUUUCUACACAUGGGCUUUAAACAUUAUAUUGAAGAUUUGGUUUUGAUGAUGUGCUGAUACAAUUAGUGUGUUUAUAUGUUAUCGGGCAUAUUAACAUCCCCGAUUUUAUGCCAUUCUGCUAAUUGGUGACAGUAAACAAACUACAUUUUAACUAUUCUGCAGUUAAAAAACAACACACUCAUUCCUCACCCAGGAUUCAAACCCAGAACUCUUUGCGCCGAAGUUGGUGCUUAAACCAACUGCGUUACAGGGUCGGCAAUAUUAGUGUUUUGUACCGUUCUUGCCGUGACUACAUGAUAGACUAGUUGAGCGUAGAGCUCUGCUGUGCCACACAAUAUCACAAUGCUGCCAUGUUGAGUUUCUGCCGGAAUUUGAAGCUGAAUGCUAAUUUGUAACUGUAAAAACUAGGAAAUGCAAAAUGCAAAAUGUAUUUCAUGAGAUGAAGAAAAAAGAGUUGUGCAUGUUCCCCAUUGCCUUGUAACUGUUGGGAAUAGAAACUGCAUAUUUUUAUUUUUUACUGAAUAUGUAUGUCUUGUUAAUACAGGGCUUUGGUAAAAUCAACCACAUUGUGAUAAUGCCAUGAUAAACAGGUAGGCAGUAUGUAUUAAGUAUACUUAAUGUAAUAUAAAGUAAUCCACCUUUGUAUUGAUAGAAACAAAAUAUGAAAAUCUUAACAAUAGCAAUAAUUCUGUAUAUGCUACUUAUUACAUUAAUUUUACUUGUAAUUUUUUUUUCUUUUUUGAUAAAAUCUUUGCAACCAUCUAUUUUAUAGGGUGCUUGCUGUUUAAGUUUUCUGUUGAUUGUUAAGAUUGUAAUUAGGUGCUUAAGGACUAGACUAUAGUAAUACCUAUUUUCAGUGCCUAGUUUUUAACUUUAUUGUUGACAAUUUAGGUGUGUGUAGUAAUGAUAGAAUGUGUGAUCAGCACUACUUAAGUAUUCUCUAAAUAUCCUGUUUACUUUCAAAAAUAACUAUUAAAUUAAUAACUUUUUACUGUGUAUCAUUUGUGACACUUAGAACCAAAGAUAAUUGCUUCAGUGGUAACCAAACCAAAAAAAAAUUUGCAAGGACCUUUUGCAAGAUAGUAGUAAUAUGUAUAGUUUGUGUGGUUAAUGUGUUUAGUGAAAAGUGGGGAAACCUUAUGUAGGCAUAAAGCUUGCUAACAACUUUGAUUUGCAAAUCACUUCAAAACUUUUUGUAUAAUUCAAAACUAAAAAUGGAUUUGUGUGUGUGCAUGUGAACUAAAACAAAAAAGUUUUAACCAUUGUGUUGUUGACACAUUUGAAAUGCCCCAUACAUAAAUGUUACAUACAUACAUGUGACUAGUGCAGGAGUGUAAUCAGUUUUAUAGUACACGUGUGUGUUAUUUAACAUGAAGUCAAUAAAACAUUUUCUGGCUAAGCUUAAUCCAACAGCAUGCAUGUUUCUAUGCUGUUACCUUUUAGGUAAAUGUUAAACAUUAUACAUAAUUAAACACAACAGUACAAUUUUCUGCACAAAAUGAUUUUGAUAUCAGCUGACUGAAACAUUAAGCCAAUUAUGAUGUUUCUCAAAUUUUACUCUACACUGCAGUCUCUCAUUUCUUGGUUGAGUGUAAUGUAAGAUAUUUAUACAAUUUGUUGCUACAACCAGAUAUGUUUUUACUGAAAAUGUUUGCAUUUUAGUAGUCUAAAAAAUACAUAAAGAAAUUAUGAAAAAUUAUAGAACAGAACUGUGGAAACUUGUGAUCAGAAGUUAAAAUUCCUAUAAUUUAACAUUGAAAUCCAGUGUUGCUGUUGGUUGUGAUAUUUUAUAUAAUAUUAAGAAUAUUUGUCCCUGUAGUCUACAAAAAUCAAUUAAGGUUUUUAAAAUAUUGAAAUUAUAGAAUGUAGUUAUUAGUUGGCUAGGUAUUUGCAAGCAGCAAGGAUGUGUGAUCAUUUUCCUUCAAAUAGUUAAAUAGUGACUUUAAAUAUUAAAUUAUAAGCUGAUCAUAAUCAAUAAUCAUGUUUAUGUUUUUCCAGUAUUAACAUGCAAACGUUUUCCCGUGACCAUCACACAUCAAGCAAACGGGAAAUUGUCCUGGAAAUAUUCUUUAAUUAUGGUUAAUAGAUGUUAUUAUUAAAACUUUUUUUCUUGUUUUUUACUUAUGGAUAGAGACUCAUCAACAUCUCAUUUUUUUGGCUGAAAUUAACUGUUUCAUUAAGUGAAUAUUCUGUUAUUUUAAUUUUAAAUAGCUGUCUUUCUGAUUAUGAAAGUUGUAUUUCUAGUAAAAUAAUAUACUUCUGCAAAAGCUUGUCACUACUAACUGGUAUGUGGACUGUGAAUAACAUGCUCCAUUAGACUGCGUACCAGAAUUUCAUUUUUAUUGGACUGUGUAAAAGUUGGAAUUGUUUUUUAUAUUCUGUUUAAUGGAUCAUCACUGCUUUAUAUUGAAUUUAUGAAAGUAUUACAUAUACUAUUAGUUAUUUCAAGGAAAGUUUCCUCUAUUAAAAAAUAAGUGUAAGUACGGUAAUGCAGAACUGAUUCAAUAGGUCUGUGAUAAAAAAAAAUUAAUGUAAUUUAACAAUGCAGUAAUGCAAGGGCUCAUUUGGUGGAAAUCUGUAGGAAAUUAUAAAUACCUACUUAGGAAUAAUAAUGCAUUUAUAUUUUUGUGGCCAUAUUUGGAAGUUUAGUCAUAAACAUUUUACUGUUAUAACACUUUUGUUGGUUAAUUGUUUUAGCUUACAAAUAACUAUAAAUAUUUCACAUUAAAGUUAUUGAAGGAAUUUGAUAUUUAGUUCCUUAACACUUCAGAUAUCAAUAUUUAAAUCUUUUUGUUGUCAUCUGAAUGCCGAACAUUAACCAUUAUAACUAAUAAUUAUUUGCAUACGGUAAUGAAUUUACAACAGUGUAAUAGGUUUUGGUUAGCAAAUGUUAAUAACCAAAUUAUCAACUGUUACUAAUAUCACUUAUUGUUCCUUAUUAUUUUACUGCAGUAUCCUAUACCAGUAUUUGCAACUUGAUAACAUUUAAUUUUUAAAUUAUAUUACAUAUGUUUAGUUACCAGCCAAACAGAUCAAGAGUCCUUUAAAGUUUGAUACCAUACAUAACAAAAUGCAUCCUUGUAAUACUAGACAUAAAAACAACACUGUGAUUCACAGGACAGAUAAUGUUACUCAUGUAAUGAGGGUGAGUUUGAUCCCAAGCCCCGUUAAGACUCAAAAUUGUGAGCACUAUUCUAAUAUUGGAUUAUAUUUACCUUUACCGUGUCACUUUAAGUUGCUAUCAGGGGUCCACUACUACGUAGGAUUGUUGUCGUGCAAGAAUUAUUGUCAAAUAAAUUAAUAUUUUUACUGAAAGCUGCAAUUUUAUGAGUGCCUGAUAGGUUAGCAACAUUGGUAAUGUUUUCACUUAGUCUGUAUUUUAAACUGCAAUGUGGUACUUCUGUUUGUGAUGGUAGUCUGCAAAGUUUGAUAGUUAUAUGUUUGAAUAUGAACAAAAUUACUAAAAGAAUGGAAUUGAAUCUUGUUAUACACUUUCCAACAGUAGAAUUAUAGAGCCACUGCAAAGUCCUGUGGUUGCAUACAUCAUGAUCAACAAAUGGCCUCCAGCUUACGUCCAUGCAUUUAGAAGUCACAGCGAGUGCACUUAAUACUUCUGCUGGUGUUGCCCUUCUUGUUUCUGUGCACAUCUAAAUAAGAUCACCUAAAGGUUAGACCCUAUAGCCCUGCAAAUUUUUUUCCAUAAAAGAUCCAAUCAUAGGAAUGAUUUUAGUUUUCGUUUAUACACUCAGAGUGACACUAUUGAAACUGAUUAUACAUUUUUACUAGAACAAACAGUGCAGGAAGUGAUUUCUUCUAUUAUCCAUGCUAUUGCGUUGAAGCUGUUUCCUAAUAUGGAAAUGCAGUAUAAGUGAAGACAGAGUAUACGUAUUCUUACACUACAGGGUGCAGCGAGCCAAACCAUUUACAAUCACUUGGCUUAGGAUAGCCACUGUCUGAGAUGGGAAGCAGUCAGUAGAGCGAAAGUUAUUCAACUGAAAUGUGGGAGGAAAGACUGUGGGUCAAAUGACUGUCUGUCAAAUUACUUUUUGGUUAAAUGACUGUUGGUCUAGUGCCUGUCAUUAAACUGCCUGUUGCCAGAGUUAGGACAUUUUCCAGCGAGGUAUUUGGGUUGUCAGUGAAAUAAUUUUUGGUAAAAUAACAGUCGAUAAAACAACUGUCUGUCAAAUGCCUGUCUGUAAAACAACUGUUAGUCAAAUGACUGUCGGUAAAAUCAACUAUUGGUCAAAUGACUGUAAAACAACUGUCGGUCAAAUGACUUUUCAGCUAAACGUCUUUUCGCAAAAUGACUGUCUGUAUAAUAACUUUCAGUCUACUGCUUGUCAAUUAAAUUACUUUCGGUGAAACAACUGUCAGUGUACUUCUGUCGGUCAAAUGACAUUGGGUCUACUGCAGCAGCCCCUCUAGUUAACUCGGCCCUUCCUAGAUUGCUACACAAGUCUGUUCUCUUGGCGAGGCUAUUAUAUAGUGAGUUUAAACAGAGUAUCCUAUUGAAGGCUAAGUAUUUUUAAACAAACUUUACAAAUGUGUUUUUAGCUAUAGCUUGCUAUAAAAUUACUCCCAACAUGUGGGAAUCAUGUGUGUUCACAACCACACAAAAUUUUACUCUGACUUCGCCUGGGAUUCAUCAUUUUAUAGAUAAAAUAUGAGGACUUUUUCAUAUUUGAACAUCUAUGUACUGAAACAAGACACUAAAAGGAAUUUGAAAGUGUUCAGAUUAGUUAGAAUAUGAUAUAAGUAACGUGAUUAUAGGUGACAUGACCAAACUUAAUUCGAAACAAUACUUUUUUUUUUUCAUUUUUACUUACGUCACCCAGUGAUCUACAAGCAUGUCAGCAGCCGCAUGCUGGCCUAGCCUGCAGCUAGCUGCACGAUCACAAGCCUACUGAGCUUCGAUAAAAAAACCUCUGUUUUGCUGUGCGAUGGUCCAAACCCACACGAUAGCAGCAGUUAACUAUACCACUACUUCUAAUGCAGUACAUGUUAGAGCCUGCGAAUCUUGAACAAAUAAACCAUCUUCAACCAUUUAAAUUGGGUGUUUGUACUUUCCACUUGAAAAUUUUACUACUCUACAGCUGAGUAUCUGAAUACAAAUUAAAUGUCUUUCCAUAAAACCUUGUUUGUUAAAGUUCUUGAAAUUUCUCUAUUUUCCCAAAAAUUAAUGUAAUGUUUAUAGUACACUUAGUAAUUACCAUAUUAUUCUACAAUCUCUAUCGUAUCUGUAUUACUGUUUUAGCUAUAUGUCUUUAACUGAUAUUUUAAUGUGUUUGAUACCAUCGUGAGAAAUAGAGGAAAAUAAACUAAAUUAAUAAUCUGAGAACCAUACAAACUGAGUAAGUAGUCAGAUGCACUGGCCACUCAGCUAAGAAGCUAAGAAGAUACAGUAAGUCCUCGGUUUACGUCGGGGUUACGUUCCUGAAAACCACGACGUAAAUAGAAACGACGCAAAAUGAGCCAUGUUUCAUGCCACCGGCCGGCCACGGCCCAAGGUCGGCUGGAAGCGCUGGCAUACAGAUGUGACAAUGGGCAAUUUUAUCAGCAAAUGACAACCGACAGCGUGGGAAACAAGUCCAACUAGUACUUCUCAGCUUUAUAGAAUGGUUAUUUAACCAGCUGCUUUAUUACCUUUAUUGAUUGAAAUAUAAAAACAGAUAUAUAGUACAUACUGUACGUAAUAUAAACGCAUAAUGCAUUCAAAGUGUAAGGAUACAAAGUGGUUUAGCGCUACACAGAUUUUACUUUGAGUCAUUCGUGGGAGAAAACAACUUUUCUUUUGGAGGCUGGUAAGAACAAAGUCAAAAGAAAUGCAUACAUACAAUAAAAGUACUAUAAGUAUGACAAACAUUGAGAGCCCUUGAUUUAAAAUAAUCACAUGAAGUAAUAAACACCUAAAAGAGGUUAUACAAUAGCGCGGCGCAAUUCUUACAAUUUACGUACGGGAAUAAUUCUAAUAAAAAUCAAUGUAAAAUAUUUUUCAUGAGAAACACUACUUUAAAUUUACGUCGCAAACAAUAUAAAUUAUAUCAUUUUACGUAACAUUUUAAAUGAAAAAGCUCUGAAUACACUACACAUUGUGAAUAGAAUUCCAAAAAGGAUGACGUGACAAGUUUGUCAAUUUAUUCCGAGUCACUUUGAACAUUUUCCGAUUCCUUUCCUACACACAUGGAAGCUGUCGCCGCCUUUGAUGGUAGUAUUGCAUCACCGCGCUGAGAGCAGCGGAGAGCAGGAAUCGUCCCUCAUGAUGUAUGAUAAGAUAAGGCGGUGAACGUGUAGCUUACGCUACAUAGCAUAAAUUAACUACCGAAGAAACAAAGAAUUAUAAACAAAUUAUAUACAGUGUUUGGGUUAAAAUAAAGAUUUACGGUCAUUGUAAACGACGUUAUUGUGAAUCGGCGACAACUUAAAUUGAAACAUGAGUACUCAAACACUAGCGACGUUAAUCCGAAACGACGUAAAUCGGUGCGAUGUAAAUAGAGGACUUACUGUAACAUCUUUCCCGCCUGUCUAACUAACAGUCACAGCAAUCUGGAAGUUGUGAAAUAAAGGGCAUUGACGUAAUCACAAAGUGUAGGCUUGCACCCAAUCCCACUCGUACUGAGGUAACUAUAGUAUGAGCAUUAGAAAUUAUAUAUUUAAUACACUUAACUAUUUUGAAAUUUAAAAAAUGAUCAAAAUUUGGUUACAUAACUUUUGUCACAGAAAUAUAUUUUGCAGCACAAUGUAUACAGAUGUGUGUGUAUAUCAUACUCAGUGUAAAGAAGAAUUUUUUUUAGGGUAACUCAAAUACAAAAAAAUAAUGUUUUAUUUCAGAAAUUUAAAGAACUAGUACAGUAAAAUUUUGAUAAUCCAGCAAGUUCGGGACUUUGCUGUUUACGGAUUACAAAAAAUGCCAGAUCAACGGAUGGUAUAUCCCUUCAUCAAUAAAUGCUAAGUUGUAGAGAAAAUAAGUCUGCCAUUUGGUGUUUGGCUGCAAAAAUUCUUCAGCAGGAACAUGAGGAUGAUCAUUUCAACAUAAACACAGGUCAAAACUAAAUUUUUCUUUCAACCUAUUUCCAGGCACUUUCGACUGCCACUUAAGUGCUUACUGUAAAAGAGUUUUUCAACCUUAGCUAAAAAAAUUAGGUUCUUAUUUUAAGUUCACUUAGUUGGUUUAAGCCCGUACAUUCCUAGUUGGUGCCGGACCAUCGGAUUUUCCGGACCGUUGGAUUCCGGACCGUCGGAAGUCUACUGUACAUGAAAACUGAAUGGGAGCUGGUACUUUUUUUUUAAAAUCAGAUGUAGGCAGUAAUUUUUGUCUUAUUUUGAAUGUCAAGUUUGCAAAAUUUGAUCAAGAAGUACCAAAAUUCCACUUUAAAAGGUGGGAAAGAGUGAUGGAGGUCAAAAAUAACAUUUGUUACCUACCUAUUGUAAAAUAAACAAACCAAUGGACUGAGCUAUGUUUUAAAAUUUAUUAUAACAAAUAACUAGUAUAAAUAUAAUUUUUUUCAAAUUAUAGUCUUUAAAAUGCAAAAAUUAGUUUUUUAAAAACUUAAAUGUAUUGUUCAGUGGUGGGAUUUGAAUCCAGAAUCUUGUAAUUUGACACCAUAUAUUUAACUACUGAGAGGCACUAAAAAUUGCAGAGAUACUGGGUUGUCAUGUUGUGAUCCCAGAAUUACAACAUAUUUUUAAAUUUGUAUAUCUUCUUAUGACUAUUUAAGUUCAUAAAAAUAGAUAUUCCAGGAUAGUUUUGCUACCACAAAGAUUUAUUUGGUUCACUUACACACUCUGUGCAUUGCCUGAUGUUAACAAAAGAGAAUAUAUACAGUUUAAUGUUUCCACACGCCUGGACGAUGUCCGCUCGUGGGUGUAGCAGAAAUGCACAUGCACAUUAGACUUCAUAUAAUUAAACUUCCGCUCAUGGUGCAUGUACACUUCAUUGCAUUUAUGUUGCAUACUAAAAUUACACCCUCCGUGCACAUGAAAAAGAUGCUGAAACAGGGUUAACUGUUGUAAUAUAUACAAAUAAUAAAAAGCUAUCCAGACACUGAAACGGAGUUACCCCUUAAGCAAAAAACUACGUAGAGCUAUGUAUCUUAUGCCAACUGUUUUUUUAUUUAUCUCUCUCCAUAAAAUAAUGCCAAUUUUUUAAGGGUUGUAUCUAAGGAUUCAGGAGGUUUUGGAAUCCAAGCUGAUCGAUUCUUUCACUAUAGAAGAAAUUAAAAAUUGCAAGUAUUGUAUAAUUUUAAUAGGGCCUAUCAAUCAAUGCAUCAAUGUCUUUGAAAGGAUUUUGAUUUCAUGUGAAUAAUCAAAAGUUUUUAGGGAAAUCAUGAUUUUUUUUAAUAUUAGAUAUUUUUUCUUUUAAUGUGAGUUAUUGACUAUGGAUCCAGGCAUUUAGCCAAUCUAUCAGGAGUUUCUUUUGAGUAAUAAGGGUUUUAUUCAAUUAAUUGUGGUUUGUCAUUUGAAACAUUAGGACUGACUUUUUCUAGAUGAAAACAGUUCAUAAAGUUAAGUGGAAGCUUUAAUUCCCAAAUUAUUGAACACUGCAGUUUAUACUUCACGGAAAAAUUUUGUAGUUACAAGUGCUAUUUCAAUUGAAUUACAUUAUUCUGAGUGUCAUCUAGCAAAAUUAAGCAACACAAAUACUUUUUUGUCAUAGUAUACACUACAAUAAAUUUGGUUAAAUAUAUUGUUACAAUUUACCGCGGGGUUCAUAAAGGAUAGUCCAAUUAAAGAUUUUAUCACUAAACAGUUUUAUUGAUGGCCACUACUUAUUUCACUUACAAAUAAUCUUCUAAAAUGGCAAAUAAUCAAUUGCACUUUAAAAUGUUGCUUCUCCAGUCACUCAGUUUCUUACAAUCCACACACCUCGCUGGACGGCACCUCUGGCGCAACUCUCGCCGCAGCACCCCUCGUGGAUCUCCGCCGCGGGACUCCGUUGCCGCACUCCCCCGCCGACGACGCACUUGCCUUCGCCGAGGAUCCGCUCGACGCUUUGCUCGGAACUUAGCUCGGGACUCCGCCGCGCCCACGACAAUAUCGCCCGGAACUGAACUCUCUGCCCUGGAACCUUCAUCCAGGGACUUCGCCGCUCUAUCGCCCGGAAAAUCCGCCGCGGGAAAACUCCCGACUCCACUCACUCACUCCCUGCCUUGGAACCUUUGUCCAAGGACUUCGCCACUUUGCCGCACCCGCGGCACUAUCGCCCCGGAAACUCCGCCGCGGGAGAACUCCCGACUGAACUCCCACUGAACUCCCUCCCUGAGGCCGGCGUCCCCAGGCUUUCAUAUCAGCCCAGGCGCUUUCCAGAAAUCACGAGCGGGGCUGGGGCCAGUCACGUCAUUCCGCGCCGACCCGACGGCAAAAAUCUCUCGAAACACGUGUCGGCGGCUCGCGUAACUCCGCAGCUGUUAGGUUUCGGAUGUCAAACUAACAGCGCCGCGCGGGGAGCUGAGGGCUGGAGGGAGGGGAAGCGGCGACCCAGGUGCGCACGGCACAUCUCAUGUUGCGACGGCAUGUGAUGUCAGAUGUCUGCACCUGCGCGUGACGCGGCCUUGCUCACGUUCGUAACAAUAUUUAAAAAUAACAUAGCCUACAAUAAUUCUAAUUUUAAUCUCUAACAUACAUUAUGGUAGAACACACAAGUUAAUUUAUCUUGGGGCACUGUGGUAUUUGAAAUUAUGAUUGUAUAAGCUAUCACUAUUAGCAGUGUAUUCUUUUUCUUCAUUUUGACUAUUUAAUGAGCAUGUUUAAACUUGUUAGAUAGCCUGAUAAUUUGUAAUUGCAAUUGAAUAAACAUCAAUUUUAAUUACAUUUGUAGAACAAUAAACAGGUUAUUAUAUCCAAGUAUAUAACUCAAUCAUUUGAUAAGCAUUAUCUCCAAGAGUACGGAAUUUGAUAGAAUCAAAAUCAAAGAAUGAAAUCCCAAAUAUGUUUAUUGAAACUGAAAUCUGUAUAUUUAAAAAAAUUGACUCUAUACUAUUGUUUUAUUUGCAAACAGCUAAUUUAAAUUAUUGUGUACAUUCAAAAAUUUUACAAAAUUAAGUUUUUUUUAAUAGCCAGAAAUUUUAUUUGUGAAAAGUUAUUUCCUGUGCAUUAUGCACUGCACAUGUAAAGUAGGCUUUGUCAGUAUGGACUGGAAAAUGACAGAAUUUUUAAAAGUUUUGUUUAAUACUUACUAGCCGGAGUACCAGUGCUUUGCUACGGAAGUCAACAGGCAGAACAAACUCGCACUGCUCAAGUGCUCAUUAUGCAUGCCCCUCCUCGAGGGUGCGCCACUGUCGUUGCAAAAGCCGUUGCCAUGGGUACGCAGAAGGCACCAACGAUGAAAAAGCCUGUAGCCAUGGAAACAAAGAAAGCAGCAUCAAUGAAAUAACGAAAUUUCAUCAAGAAUUUUUAAUUCUGCUUAAGGGGUGGUUUUCUUGAAAUCUCACAGAGACAAUGACCAUUCACCUGUUUUGAAGGUCAAGUGGUACAAAUUUCAAGAGAUCGGAGCAAAACUGUAGAUUUGUAUAAGAAACAAACAAAUGGAAACUCAAGGAAUUUAUUAGGAAUUCUUUCAAAUUCUUUUUUUUUAAAUCUUAUAAUAUUACAGCUCCGCCCGCGUGAUAUCUAGUGCAAGAGCCACUCAAAAAUGACCCACCUCCCUUUAAUAUGAAUGAACUUAAAAUGGGAGCUCACCUUAUAUUUGUUGCACUUGGUUGUGAGCAAAUGUGGUUUUAUUGUUAUAUCUCUGGCUUCCAUCAUCAUGGUGAGAUAAAAUGCAUACCAGUUUUUUGAAUUUAAUCAUAGUCUUUUAAACACACAAACUUUUAUCAAAAUCGGUCCAGUAGUUGUUGCGUCAACCUCAAACAAACAAACACACUUCUAUUUAGGUUUAUAAUAGUAUAAUGUUCAAUAUGUAUCUAUUACAUGAGCUUAUGAUCUCUAAACAUUUAUUUUAUGGCAUCACAAAUAUUAAAAAAAAAGUACCAUUAAAUAGUGUAAAAUAUUUAAUGUAUUCAAAAUUCUUCUCGCACAUUAUUUCCCAUGUUUCACAAAGUUGAAGACAGCAAUGUGGGAAAAAAUAAACAGUAGCAGAUUUUACAAAAAUAUUUUAUUUUGUUCUUACAAAGUCCUAAUUUAGUUUUAAACUUUUAAAAUCUUUCAACAGAGUUUUGGAUCUUAUGUUCCGUUGGUGUUCUUGCAGAGUAUUUUGUGCAUUGUUACUAACAAAUGGUAACCACAUAAUGCUUCACCCUGAAUAUUGCUGCAAAUAUUGGGCUAGAAUGCAAGUGAUCAAUAGUGCUACUAUUUUUAUUGUCUUCUUCAUGGUUGCAUGUGUACGGCAAAGCUGCUCAUACUCUCAAGCUGAAUCUCUUUGAUUGAAAUAAAAAUCUAAAUUGUAAUUAAUUAUUUUGAGCGAAAUCUGUUGAUAAAAGCUAAGCCACUGAAAUUACAUGAGAGGUUGGUGAGAGGAGUGAUGGUAAAUAAUAAGAAAGGUGCAUGAUAAAAAAGGGAAAAACUUGAAAACUCAUUAAUUUAAGAACAACUUCAAAGGAUUAAUUAAUUAUUACUAAAUAUUUAAACUUCAGAUGUGUAGUCUAUAGUAAAUUACAAAAAAAAAAAAAAUAUAUAUAUAUAUAUAUAUAUAUAUAUAUAUAUAUAUAUAUAUAUAUAUAUAUAUAUAUAUAUAUAACGUAUAGUUGUGAAAUAACAAGAUAGCUGUUUUGCCAUAAGCAUUACAUGUAUCAGAAACCAUAUCCGUAUGCUGUCACACUAAAAUUGUAGAAAUUGAUAUUAAAGGAAAUGUCUAAGGGAUAUUCUACCCCACACAAUAAAAUUAAAUUUGGAUCAAGAAGAGGAAUACAGAAGAUCUCUUACACUUUAUUGACAGGUUCAUGCACAAAAAACGAGAGAUGCUUAAAAUUCUGUCCCCAAAUUUACAGAAUGGCAAAAAACAAAAGUCAUGAAGAAACUGUUUAAGGUAACAGUUUCAAUGAUGGUAAAAAUGAAUUAAGAAGGAAUUACAAGAAAUCAUCAUCACAGAAGAUACUGUUAUAAAAUAAUUAAGUAAUAAAACAAAAUGUUAAGAGGAAGCUGAAAAGAGAACUGGUAAAAAAUUAUCAGAAGAAUGCCAGAAACAACACAGUAAUUCUCUGGAGAUAGUUUGAGAGGAUAAGAAAGCAAAAUCAGGCCAACUAAUAAGUUUAAAUUAUUGGAAAAACUGAGAAAAAAAUGAAAUGUAAAAAUUAACAGAUCUAAUGGUAUUUUAUUCAGAAAAUGUGUAAUUUCAUUCAGUUAUAAAUUCAGGUAAUAUUGGAAUAACUACAAAUACAUAUUUCAUUCUUUCUACUUGCUGUCUGUUCAAAGGCAAGAGAUGAUGUGUUACAGAAGAAAAAGUGAUAAAAAUAGGGGAGGGCAGAAUAAAAUAAAGUUACACAGGUUUACCAAAAAAAAUAAGAUUCAAACUAAUAAACACUAUUUAAAAUGCUUAUAUAUAAUGUAAUUCCUAAAAAAUGAAAGGAUAUUACUGUAUGUUCACAUGUCCACCUUCGGCAUAAAUGUUUUUAGAAUUAAUUAAUUCAUAAGCCAUCCCCCAGUAAGCAUGCAUAAGACAGGGGCGUAAAUAUUCUACAAAAUAAGUUAAAUAGAAUACUAUAUAUGGCAAACUGCCACAUUACAAGUUCCUAGACAGAUUGUUAUUGUACAUAUGGAUCACGUAACUCUUGCAAAAAGACAUGAGCAUUAUUUGUGUUUUGUUCGAGUCAGAUUCUUACAGUUCAUAAGAAUAAAAUUUAAUUUAAUUUUCAUAAGUUGCUGUUAAUUAGGCACUGAAUUUAAAAAAAAAUUAUCAGAAAAAUGUACAUCAAAAUAUAAGGGAUUGAUUUGCUUGUGUUUGCUGUUAAAUAAUUUAUACAAUAGUAUGCAAUUAUGAAGUUGUUUUUCCUUAAUCUGAUAUUUAUCAUGUUGAUCUAAGUAUGUAUUUUCCACUAACUGCAUUAAAACAUCUUGGAAAACUUACGAUUUACUCCUUUUUUUUCCGAAUGGGGGCUUAUUACUUAAUUGAACAUAAAAUUUUAAUGUGUGUAGUCAAAAAUCUUAACAUAGAAACUUCAUUGAUUGGAACAAUAAGUGAUACAAAUUUAACAAUUUAAUACACGCAAAUUACUGAAAAAGGUUACUGAACCACACAUUUAUUUUGUUGUGUAGAAGUUUUUUUUUGAUAUUAGACUUACCAUAACAAUGAAGCAAUAACUUUAAUACCAAGUUAAUACUUGCCAACAUCUAACUAGACAUAUCACAGUUUUAUUUAUUUUUCUGUUAACUUGCAGUGCAUUUUGCAUUAAGCUUGGCUAGUUCUGGUUGUGGGAACAGAUGUAUUAAUUUUCUGUAUCAUCUGCUUGUUUUGGUAUUUUCUUUCAAAAAAUGGGAAGACUGUACAGUACUUCUGCUUUCUCAAAUGCAGUGUUUUGCUCUGGUGCUACUUUUGCCUAUAUUAUGUUACUCAUAGUGGUGACUUAAUGUAAAAUACUUUGUUACUCUCUCGUUAUAUUUAAAUUAUUUGUAUAAAGUUUCUUUGUGUAAAUUAUGUGCCUGCUAUUACUUUUGAUAAAUAUGUAUGUAAUGUAGUCAUUAUAGCUACAUUGUUCGCCAGCAGGCAUAACUUUUGAUGCUACUGUUUAUAGAAGUACAAUAUUUUUGUAUAAAAUGCCUUCAAUAUUAUGUACUGACAGUGUACGUGUAAUGUUGCCUUUUAUACGGAAGGAUGCGGAAAGCACCCGUACGUUGAAGGACUGUAUAUACAAUGAUUCUGGUUUUAGUAAUAAAUUUUGAGCUACUAUAUAUUUUAUGGAGAGUUAAUUAUAAUGUUUGUUAGAUAAUGAAUUGGGAAGAUCAUGUUACUUCAAGAUGUGUGUUUGAAGAUUUUAUCAUGUUGACAUAUGGAUAAAUAUGUAUACAGUUGCAAAACUUCCAAAAUUUUAGCUUGUUGAAUUUACAAUUAAGUUGGCAUUGUUGCAAUAUUUUUGUAUUUGAUGUAGCACAGAUCAUUAUAAUAGUCUUUGAAAUCACAGAAAAAACAGUGUGUAUUUUUCUCAAAACUUACAAUCACUGUAUUGGUGAUUUCUUCAAAGAGUCUGUGAUGCUCUAGAAAUAUUUUUUUUUUUUAAAGAAAGCUUCGACAAUUUCACAUUUUUAGUUCCACUGUCAUAAUUUUUUUUAUUAAAGCCACUGUAAUACUAAUUUAUCAAGAUUAAUUGUUUUUUAACAUAACAAAGUCUUUGUGUGUAAAUGGUGCUACAAAAUGGUUUUGCUUUGUGCAGACAAAAGAGUAUUUGAAAUUGUAAUGCUUAUUUGAUGAUGCUGCAUCUAGUCUUUUAUCAUAACAUGAGUGUGCUUGCAAUGAUAUGUUUUAUUUAUCAUGAAAAUAAAUACAUCUUCAAAAUGUC